AUGUUCCCCCGUCCCUGCAAGAUGGUGUAUGUAUGUGUUCCCCCCUCCCUGCAAGAUAUGCGUGUACGUGUUGCCCCAUCCCUGCUAGAUGGUGUUUAUGUGUUCCCUCGUCCCUGCAAGAUUGUGUAUGUAUGUGUUCCCCCGUCCCUGCAAGAUAUAUGUGUACGUGUUCCCCCGUCCCUGCAAGAUAUAUGUGUACGUGUUGCCACAUCCCUGCAAGAUGGUAUGGUGUAUGUAUGUGUUCCGCCGUCCUUGGAAGAUAUAUGUGUACGUGUUCCCCCGUCCCUGCAAGAUAUGCGUGUAGGUGUUGCCCCAUCCCUGCUAGAUGGUGUUGUAUGUGUUCCUCCUCCCUGCAAGAUGGUGUAUGUAUGUGUUCCCCCGUCCCUGCAAGUUGGUGUGUUUACGUGUUCCCCCGUCCCUGUAAGUUGGUGUAUGUAUGUAUUCCCCCGUCCUUGCAAAAUCGUGUGUGUAUGCGUGUGUCUAUGUAUGCGUACGAAGGAAGUCAGAUGGUAA